AUGAAACUUCUAAGUUUAGAGAUAAUUUUAAAAAAAAAGUUGAAAAGAAAAAAUGGAUUGUAUCACAAUAUUUAUCUUAAAAGUCUUUCGAAAUUAAAAAAAAAAUUGUAAACACGAUUGCAGGAUUGGAUUAAUAAUAAAACUCCCUUUUAGAUCUCUUCGAAAUAAUUAAUAGCUGAAGAGAAAAUUUAAUUAAAUCAUGGCUUGACCUAAUGUGAAUUAAUGCAGGAAUAAUCUGAGAUGAAAAAAGGAGCAAUCAAAAGAGAAUUCAAUCUAUUCUUGUAUAAUUUCACCAGUACCUUCAUAAAUAAAAAAUAAGGAAAGAAAAUGAACCAAAAUAAGAUGAAAUAUUAGAAAAUAAGUUGAGAAAUAAUAAAAUAAUAAAUCAGAAAAGUAAAUUCAAUUCUAGGUUGACAUUUUAAAAUUAUAGUUCACUAAACGAAGUGCCCGAGGCUUAACCUAAUUUGCCACUUCUUUAAAAACCAAGCCCGAUAAUCUUCUCAAUAUCCUUAAGCCGAAAGUUAAAUUUAAAUGGUAGAGGAUCCUUUACAUUUUUCAAACUCUCUUUCUUUUUAAUAACGCUCAGUUGAAAAUUAACAUAAAGUAAAAAAGCUCCAAUUUUGAAAAAAUUAACUUGUGAUUUUAAAGACUCAUUAGUUUUCGCCAG